CUCUGGCCUCCGAAGGUCUAGCUAGGCAACAUGGUCAACGGCGAAGUUGUGGCCUACAACUUUGCCUCGUUGAUAUGCGCUCUCUUCGUUCUCGAGAAAGGCGCAGACAUCUUUAUAGAUCAUACGGCCAUCGUGGCACUUAGGACGGGCAUACCCAAAUCAGCCAUUGCGUUGUUAACAGCAGGCGCAGAGUGGGAGGAGCUCGCAGUAGUGGUCAUCUCGCUUGCUCGGAAUCGCUCUUCACUCGCCAUAGGCAAUGUCGUCGGCUCUGCCAUCGCCAAUAUUCUAGGCGCAUUCUCACUCGGGCUCAUUUUUUACCGCAAUCCAUCUGGUAAUCCAGUCCUGUUUGAGCGAAGUUCAGUCGUUUACUCUGUGGCUCUGUUGGGACUUACGGCUAUCGCUUCCGCUCUUCUGGCAUUCGGAGGGCAUGUUCAGUUCAAAGCUGCUGGCGGAGCUUUUAUCGCUCUAUUUGUCGUCUACCUCUCGUCCAUCUCAUGGCUCAUCUUCAAAGGUGUUACGAAGGCUCCUGAAGAAUUGUCAGAUAGUGAUAGUGAUUCGGACGAUGGGUCCUCCGAUACGACUUCGGAGAACGGGGUUAAUGAGGAGAGGCAAACGAGGUCUAGGAGAGGAGACCUACGACCUCCAUCUCAAAAUACCGGAUCACGGUUCCACGAAGAGCUCGAUGUCGCUCCGUUGACGGUAGGCCAAGCGACCACUGUAGUCGAGGCAUCCACUUCGAAAGGUAUCAAUCCACCUAUACCGAACAGUUCAGAGACUGCCGAAGAGACGAUCGCGCGACUUCGUCGAGGAUCUUCUCGUCGGUCCAACGUAACUAAUACGACCACCUCUGGCGCUUCUUCCAACCCUGAUCGGUCACCCAAAGCUGGUAAAGCAAGGAGUCUAGCAUACCACUUUACCGUCCUACUCGCCGGAUUCUUAGCGGUCGUCUUAUCCGGCUAUGUCAUCUCAAACGCAGCUUCCAACGUCGUCGAUGAACUAGGCUUGUCUGACGUCCUGGGAGGCGUUGUCAUCUUGUCCAUCGCGACGACUAUCCCAGAAAAGCUCGUGGCGGUCCUGAGCGGCUAUAAAGGACACAUGGAUAUCAUGCUCGCCAAUACAGUCGGAAGUAACAUGUUCUUGCUGACUUUGUGCCUCGGUAUCAUUUGGGCAGCUACGGGUGGAUCGUAUAGUGGAGGCGAUGUCAAACCGGCGGAAAUCAUCACCAUGUUUGCCUCGACCGUGGUCCUCGCCGUCACUGUGCUCCUCAGGGGCAAGCUACCUAGAGCGGUCGGGGUGAUCAUGCUCAUGGGCUAUAUAACGUUCUUGGUGCUCGAGUUCACGGUCAUUCACAAGGUCUAGCCUGGCAAAGCAGAGGACGCUAUGGACGGCCCGUGAUUAUCAGGAAAGCGCCGAGACUUGUACGUUGGCCAUGUCGUUCCUAAGAGCAGCCACUGCACGAGAAGAUGUUGGCGCACACGAUCUCGUCCCGCUUCGAUAUCUACGGACGGCUAUCCUUGGAGCCUCGGGCCAUUACGCCAGGUUUCCGAAGCGUAUUCACUGACAAUACAUAUAACGU